CUCGCGCAGUAACGUAACUCACGUAAUGGCAGGGAGAAAUCACUUCUCCCGGCUCCCUUAAUAUGCUCCCUGUCGUAGGGGUAAGGACAGCACCGGACCAGUCUCAAAAUGACCACCGGCUUCAGCUCCGGUUCCUCCCGGUUCGCAGAUUAUUUCGUGAUCUGCGGUCUCGACACCGAUAGCGGGCUGGAACCCGACGAACUGUCCGCUUUAUGCCAGUAUAUAGAGGCUACUAAAUUCAGAGAUGGGGCCAGAGGAAAAUUGGCGAGUGCAAAUGAAGGUGAGAAUUUUGAGCAGAGUCCACUGCGGAGAACCUUUAAAUCCAAAGUCCUAGCACAUUAUCCAGAAAAUGUUGAGUGGAAUCCAUUCGACCAGGAUGCAGUGGGCAUGCUCUGUAUGCCAAAGGGUCUGUCGUUCAGGACUCAGGUGGACUCCAGGGAGCCACACUUCCACUCCUUCAUCAUCACCAGAGAAGAUGGCUCUCGGACAUAUGGCUUUGCCCUCACCUUCUUCGAGGAGGUGACCAGUAAGCAGAUCUGCAGUGCGAUGCAGACUCUUUACCACAUGCACAACGCAGAGCAGUACGACAUCUUACACACGCCCACCUCCCCGCAAGGACCCGAGGACCAGCGGCUUUCCCAGCCGCGUCCGGUGCUCCACGCCGCGCCCGCCAUCUCCCGCCUGCAGCGCUUCAACUCCUACGACAUCAGCCGCGACACGCUGUACGUGUCCAAGUGCAUCUGCCUCAUCACCCCCAUGGCUUUCGCUCAGGCGUGCAGGAAGGUGCUGGAGCAGCUUCACCAGGCCGUCACGUCCCUGCAGCCCCCUCCCCUCCCACUGGAGAGCUACAUCUUCAACAUCCUCUACGAGGUGCCCCAGCCUCCCUCAGGGCGUUCCCUCAAGUUCUCAGGCGUCUACGGGCCCAUCGUGUGCCAGAGGCCCAGCACGUCGGAGCUCCCGCUCUUUGACUUUGCCAUCGGUGAAAUGUUUAAUCUGCUCGGGGUGGAGAACGUCCUUCAGCUGUUCACAUGUGCCCUGCUCGAGAUGCAGAUAUUACUCUACUCACAACAUUAUCAGAGACUGAUGACUGUAGCGGAGAGCAUCACAGCCUUAAUGUUCCCCUACCAGUGGCAGCAUGUGUACGUCCCCAUCCUGCCCGCCUCGCUCCUCCACUUCCUGGACGCUCCCGUUCCGUAUCUCAUGGGCCUCCAUUCUAACGGACAGGACGAUCGCACCAAACUAGAGCUGCCGCAAGAGGCCAACUUGUGUUUUGUGGACAUUGAUAAUCACUUCAUUGAGCUGCCUGAGGAGCUGCCUCAGUUUCCCAACAAACUGGAGUUCAUUCAGGAGAUCUCAGAGGUGCUCAUGUCCUUCGGCAUUUCUCCAGAGGGGGACGUCCACUCCAGCGACAGCCAGGCCAAAUACCGGGGCUUCCGAUCUGUCGACAUGGUUUCUGACAAGCGUAACGGCAACCUGGCCUCGCCCCUCAACUCCUACCUGCUGAGAGAGAACGAGACGAUCGCCAGGCUGCAGGCUCUGGUCAAGAGGACGGGCGUCAGCCUGGAGAAGCUGGAGGCGAGAGAGGAUGCCAGCAGUAAUAAGGAUGCGCGGUUUCAGUGUGACGAAGAGGAGCUAAAGAUGCACCAGCUCAACAUCCAGGUGCGCGAGGUCUUCGCCAACCGAUUCACUCAGAUGUUCGCCGACUACGACGUGUUUGUCAUCCAGCCCAGCCACGACAAAGAGUCCUGGUUCACCAACAGAGACCAGAUGCAGAACUUUGAUAAGGCAUCCUUCCUGUCUGACCAACCAGAGCCCUACCUGCCGUUCCUGUCACGCUUCUUGGAGACUCAGAUGUUUGCCUCCUUUAUCGACAGCAAGAUUCUUUGUCACGACGACGAGGAGAAGGACCACACUCUGAGGGUGUUCGACUCCCGUGUGGAGAAGAUCCGCAUGCUGAACGUCCGCACACCGACCCUGCGUACCUCCAUGUACCAAAAAUGCACGAACAUCGAAGAAGCAGAGAAAGCCAUUGAGAUGAGAGUGUCAAAGAUCGACCACACUGCCCUCCACCCCCACCUGCUGGACAUGAAGAUCGGUCAGGGCCGAUACGAGCAGGGCUUCUUCCCCCGGCUGCAGUCUGACGUGCUCUCCACUGGACCCACCAGCAACAAAUGGGCAAAGAGAAGCGCUCCUGCUCAGUGGAGGAGGAGGGAUCGACAGAAGCAGCACGCCGAGCACCUUUAUUUAGACAACGACCAGAGAGAGCAUGUUGAGUGUUUGUUUCCGGAGCGGCAGCUCCUGCUGUUUCUUGACUACUACUGGCUCUCGCAGUCCUUCAGGCCCUGUCUAAAGUCGGUGACUGUGGACGUGAAAUACAUCCAGGAAGCCAGAAACUUAGGAACCACCAUCAGGCAGCCUAAACUGUCCAACCUGUCACCUUCUGUAAUCGCUCAGACAAACUGGAAAUUUGUUGAAGGCUUGCUGAAGGAGUGCAGGAACAAGACAAAGCGUAUGCUGGUGGAGAAGAUGGGCCGGGAGGCUGUGGAGUUGGGUCACGGGGAGGUUAGUAUCACAGGCGUAGAGGAGAACACCCUGAUCGCGAGCCUCUGUGAUCUGCUGGAGAGGAUUUGGAGUCACGGCCUUCAGGUUAAACAGGGUAAAUCUGCCUUGUGGUCCCACCUCUUGCAUUACCAAGACAGCAAAGAGAAGAAUGCCACCCCGGGCAGUUUGGGACCUCCGGGGUUCAUCCAUGACACUGAGAGGAGGAAAUCUGAUGGAGGUGGAUCAGCCAUGCCUCCUCUCAGAAUCUCUCUGAUCCAGGACAUGAGACAUAUCCAGAAUAUCAGUGAGAUCAAGACCGACGUGGGCAAGGCGAGAGCCUGGGUUCGCCUCUCCAUGGAGAAGAAGCUGCUCUCCAGACACCUGAAGCAGCUGCUGUCGGAGCACGAGCUUACAAAAAAACUGUACAAGCGCUACGCCUUCCUGCGUUGUGACGACGAGAAGGAGCAGUUCCUGUAUCACCUCCUGUCCUUUAAUGCUGUGGAUUACUUCUGUUUCACCAACGUUUUCACAACUAUCAUGAUCCCCUAUCAUGUCGUCAUCGUUCCCAGUAAGAAGCUGGGUGGCUCCAUGUUCACAGCCAACCCCUGGGUGUGUGUUUCUGGUGAGCUGUCAGAAACUGGAGUCCUCCAGGUGCCCAGAAACACUCUAGAGAUCACUUUUGAGUGCCAGAACCUGGGCAAGCUUACCACGGUGCAGAUGGGCCACGAUAACUCAGGUCUCUACGCUAAGUGGCUCGUGGAGUGUGUGGUGGUCCGCAACGAGAUCACGGGGCACACUUACAAGUUUCCGUGUGGCCGGUGGUUGGGGAAGGGAGUGGAUGAUGGCAGUUUGGAAAGAAUACUGGUGGGAGAACUGAUCACCCCCAGCUCUGAGAAUGACGAGAGGAUGUGUCGAACACCACCCAUGCAGCAGUCUCCAGGGAUGAUGAGGAGAUUUGUUACUAUCUCACCAAGCAGCAAACCAAAGUUAAACACAGGACAGAUUCAGGAGGGAGUGGGAGAGGCCAUCAAUGGGAUUGUGAAGCACUUCCACAAACCGGAGAAGGAGCGAGGCAGCCUGACCCUCCUCCUGUGUGGGGAGUARGGCCUCGUCUGGGCACUGGAGCAAGUUUUCCAACACGGUUUCAAGUCUCCUCGACUCUUUAAGAACGUCUUCAUUUGGGACUUCCUGGAAAAGGCACAAGUUUACUUUGAAAGUGCCGAGCAGCGGGAGGUGGCUCCAGAUGAGAACUGGCAAACCAGAGUGCGCCACUUCUGCCGCUUCAUGCGGGCCAUCAACAACACGUCGAGGAACAUCGGCAAAGACGGGAAGUUCCAGGUGCUCGUCUGUCUGGGCGCGAGGGACCAUCUGCUGCAUCACUGGAUUGCUCUGCUGGCAGAUUGUCCCAUCACCUCUCAGAUGUAUGAGGACACUGCACUGAUUAAAGAGCGCUCACUGGUAAACUCUCUGAUACGAGUACUACAGACUCUGCAGGAGUUUAACAUCACACUGGAAGCGUCGCUCAUCAAAGGCGUUGGUAUCUAAAUCCAAACCCCUUCCCACUCGUCGUACCUACACAGGAUCACCGAUGACCACUAAAAAAGUGACUGAACCUUUUUAUAUGCAGGAACAGACUUGAAGAAAAGAAAAAAAGAAAUAAAUUUCUGGCUUAUGUUAAAGCUACUGUCAUUUUUGCCAUAUAUACAGUAAGAAGUGCAAUGAGCCUUUCAAGAUUUGUUAUUUUUAUCCUUGAUGAUGCCAUUAGAUGUGGAGAAUACGUUUUCUAUUAUGAACCAUGGUUUUCACAUUACUGAUGACAACCUUGUGCUAUAAUGUUUUACUUAAAGCUAAAUAUUUUCAUUGUUAUCGUGAACUGAUGACAACGGUUAUAUUUAAGGGAAAAAGCGAGGAUAAACUGUUAAUAUAUUUUCAGAUAAAGCAGUAUUAUUUUGUUAAAUUAGAGAAGUUGCUUGCUCUGUUAACUUCGAUUUUAAUGUCAUAACGCGGAGCUUCAAAAGCAAACGAUGUAGAAGUAUGCUUUAUAAGUAUGUGUAUGGCAGGGAGGCUUGUCGAAUGGGAGCCGAUUACCCAAGUGGAAGUUWAAAAAAAAAGGCUGUUGAAGUUUGGGCCUUUUUUUCCCUGGAAAACAUACAUGUAUGCAGACCUUUUACAUGGAUUACCUUCAGAAGAAUCCUUGCAUGAUAGGACUGUAUGGCUCAAGCCUACACUCCGUGACGGACAGUUGGAUUCAGGAAAACACACAGUCUUGUGUUUCGGACACAAGCCCUCCAAGAGAUGCUUGACCCAGCUUUCUUUGUGAAGUGGAUCACAAAUUCAGCCUUCAGUGUAAAUACCUCCAGCCAGCUUUUCCCUCCUACUAUUUUUGCAGCCCUUACACUACAUGUACUGUUCUUUGAACUGAAAAUAACGUGAUGAUCUUGAGUAGACGUGUUGAAUUCUGACCUCCUGAUUAUCGUGUGAGGAGCUACAAGGACUGCUUCCCCGCCCAGCCCCGCAUCUUCUGAUUUUGUCAUCAUGGUUUCUUGCUAUGCAAUAUCCACAAGAGAAAACUGAGAAAUCACUGGGCUUUUCUCAGAACUUUGCUGUGGGAAAAAAAAAAAAGGAUAUUUGAUAUGUGAUGGACUUCUUUGCCGUGCCAACAACAUCUGGAAUGACUGUGUUGUACUCAUCUGUGUAUGACCCACACAAGCAUCUUGGGAGAUAUCUAUUUUUCUUUUUCCAAAACAGUUGUACAUUUAUCAAUAUAGGUGUGUAAUUUAGUGUUUACUAAGUGAGCAACAUUGUACAGUGUAAAAAUAUAUUAAGAAUAAAGGAUCUGUAAUGCAUUAUA